UCCGCCCCGGCCUUCGUCUUCUGCGGGAGCUGCAGCCGCCGCCGCCUCGGAGGAGCCGGGCCGGAAGCGAGAGCCGGAGCGGGUCCGCCAGCCGCCGCCAUGGGGAACCGCGUCGCGCGAGAAGACUUCGAGUGGGUCUACACGGACCAGCCGCACGCCAGCCGUCGCCAGGAGAUCCUGGCAAAGUAUCCAGAGAUAAAGUCCUUGAUGAAACCUGAUCCCAACUUGAUCUGGAUUAUAACCAUGAUGGUUCUCACUCAACUGGUUGCAUUCUACUUAGUGAAGGACCUAGACUGGAAGUGGGUCAUAUUUUGGGCGUAUGCCUUUGGCAGCUGCAUUAACCACUCCGUGACUCUGGCUAUUCAUGAGGUCUCCCACAAUAGCGCCUUUGGCCACUACAGAGCUAUGUGGAAUCGCUGGUUUGGAAUAUUUGCUAAUCUUCCCAUUGGCGUUCCCUAUUCAGUUUCCUUUAAGAGGUAUCACAUGGACCAUCAUCGCUACCUUGGGGGUGAUGGCAUCGAUGUGGAUAUUCCCACCGAUUUUGAAGGCUGGUUUUUCUGUACCACUUUCAGAAAGUUUAUAUGGGUUGUCCUUCAGCCUCUCUUUUAUGCUUUUCGACCUCUGUUCAUCAACCCUAAACCAAUUUCUUACCUGGAAAUUAUUAAUACUGUGAUCCAGGUCACUUUUGACAUUAUAAUUUACUAUGUUUUGGGAAUUAAAUCUUUGGUCUACAUGUUGGCAGCAUCCUUACUUGGGCUAGGCUUGCACCCGAUUUCUGGACAUUUUAUAGCCGAACAUUACAUGUUCCUCAAGGGACAUGAAACCUACUCGUAUUAUGGGCCUCUGAAUCUGCUCACCUUCAACGUGGGUUACCAUAACGAGCACCAUGACUUCCCCAACAUUCCCGGAAAAAGCCUUCCACUGGUGAGGAAGAUCGCUGCCGAGUACUACGACAACCUCCCCCACUACAACUCAUGGAUAAAAGUACUGUAUGAUUUCGUGACGGACGACACCAUAAGUCCCUACUCGAGAAUGAAGCGGCAUCCAAAGGGCAAGGUGGUACUGGAGUGAAGGUCCUCAUGGCUAAAGGAAUUCCUCUGUGGAGCUUCAAAAGGGCUGGAAAGUGGGCUUUCUGCGUUACUAAUCGAAGCCCAGAGAAGGUCCCGAGCGUGAGCCCUGUGGUCCCUGGAGCUUCCCUGGCCUCCCAUGGUCAGCCCGUCUAGCCUGCGUUCAGCUUUGCUCACAUGGAGCAUGUGCGUUGCAUCAUCAUUGUUGAGGAUGGUUCCCCUGACAUCUGACAUUUUGUAAGCAUAUCAUAAAAAAGCUAUUUCUAGUACAUUAUUUUCACUAUAAAGCUGUACUUUAUUAAAACAGCUAAUAAAAUGAGCUAUUAUUCACAGUAGUAUUUAUCACAUUUGCACACUUUACUAGUCUUUAUCUAAUACGGUACUAGGGUGACUUUACUUUAAAAUGUCCCCCCCCCCAGAAGAUCUGGAAAUAUCUUUCCCUGUAAGCUGAAUUUUUUAUUUUUACUAUUGUACGUGAAACUGAGAUGACACACUCCUGAAUCCUGCAGAGCCUCAUAAAUAAAAUACUUUUGCGUUCAAACACAUCCAACACUGAACUUCCUUUUUCAGAUGCA